AUGAAUGCAAGCAUUCUCACAAAGGCAGCGGCACCAGGCCGUCUGUUGUCGAGCCGUAUUUCUUCUCGGCAAUCCAAGCUCAAGGAUGCCGUCUGCAAGCGCGCGGGCAUCCAUACCGGCGGCGGAACCUUUACCGCCAGAUCCACGAAGUCUCCAGCUCCCCGAGUGACAUGUCAAGCUCCCUCAUCCAAGCGUGCAUUCCACGCAACGUCGACAGCCCUCGCACCGAGCGACCCGUACAAGACGUUGGGCGUCGACAAGUCGGCCUCGGCCGGCGACAUCAAGAAGGCGUACUACGGCCUCGCGAAGAAGUACCACCCGGACACGAACAAGGACCCCUCGGCGAAGGAGACUUUCGGCGAGAUCCAGAGCGCAUACGAGAUUCUCUCCGACCCCAAGAAGAAGCAGCAAUUUGACCAGUUCGGCGCCGCCGGCUUCGACCCCAGCGGCGGCGCGGCACCCGGCGGUGACCCGUUUGGCGGAGCCGGCAACCCGUUCGGCGGCGGGUUCGGCGGCCAGGCCGGAUUCGGCGGGGGCUUCAACUUUGACGAUAUCUUUUCGGCCUUCACCGGCGGCCAGGGCUCGCCGUUUGGCCGUCGCGGCGGCGCCGGGCGCAACCCGUUCCAGCAGGAGAUACUCGUCGGCGACAACAUCGAGGUGCAGUCGAGCAUAUCGUUCAUGGAGGCGGCUAAGGGCACGAGCAAGACGAUCACGAUAACGCCCCUGACGGAGUGCGGCACGUGUACGGGCAGCGGCCUGAAGCAGGGCACCAAGCGGUCGGCGUGCGGCGCCUGCAACGGCUCGGGCACGCGGGUGCACUUCAUGAACGGCGGCUUCCAGAUGGCGUCGACGUGCAACGCGUGCGGCGGCACGGGCACGACAAUCCCGCGCGGGUCCGAGUGCCGGUCCUGCGCGGGCAACGGCGUCGUCAGGGAGCGCAAGACCAUCACCGUCGACAUUCCCGCCGGCAUCGAGGACGGCAUGCGGCUGCGCGUCGACGGCGCCGGCGACGCCCCCGUCACGGGCAAGAACACGGAGCCCAACAUGCGCACGCAAAAGGGCGACCUCUACGUGUUCGUGCGCGUGGCGUCCGACCCCAAGUUCCGCCGCAUGGGCUCCGACAUUCUCUACACGGCGUCGAUCCCCAUCACGACGGCGAUGCUCGGCGGCGAGGUUACCGUGCCGACGCUCGACGGCCAGGUCAACGUCAAGGUCGCCACAGGCACCAACACGGGCGACAAGCUGACGCUCUCGGGCAUGGGCAUGAAGAAGCUCAACGGCCGCAGGGGCGGCUCGGGCGACCUCAAGGUGGAGUUCCGGGUCAACAUGCCCAAGUACUUGAGCGCGAACCAGCGCACCCUGGUGGAGAUGCUGGCGAACGAGAUGGGCGACAAGACGGCCAAGAGAAUCAUGAACGUCACUCCCCAGGGGUCGCAGCCGAUCUCGCCGGAAGACUCAGAGUCCCAUAAGAAUGAGGGCUUCCUCAAGUCCAUGUGGCACACUCUGACGAACCACCCCGCCCACAAGGGCCCCGACGACGCCUCCGGCAAGCCUUCGGACCCCAACAAGAAGGACGACAAGGACGGCUCCAAGUGA